CAUCACGCCGUCGGGCGAAAUAUAACUUGGAUCCCUCUUUUCCCCCCUCUUCCUCGUACCCCCGUCUAAUUUUUUCUCAAGAGUCUUUUCCAUCAAUCAACCUUGUACUUAAUCAAAAACCUAAACGUCUUGACUCUCUCUUCUGGCGCUUCGCUGCUGCCUUCCUACAUUGCGGAUACGGAUACAUAACAGGAACUAUCCAAAUUCUUAUUUGAUUAAUUCAACCUUGGAUUGUCUCGCAUUGCACUCUAAAUAGGCCGCAAUCCUCCCACCAAAACCUACCUACGCUACCUAUUCUCCACGGGUACAACUUACCUUAAUUUUUGUGCACGACCGAGAGCUCUAGACCGGAUCUCGCCCAUACGGACUGGACGUCAAAAGCCAUCACGUCAUUGAACAUCACUCGCCAUCUUCCCUCCCCGCCAACGAAAAGCAUAGCAAACGCCACGCAAAAGUGAGCUGUUGGGUUCUUCUAAAGCACAGACAAGGAAUACAAUAGUCGGAUGAAGCUUCUCCCCAGACAGCUGCUCCUGCCGUUUACAUCUCGUCUUUUCUUUAUUCGCCGCACCAGAACCCUGUCCACCAACGACAGCAUAAGAAGUUCGGCAUACCACUGAGAGGCCACCCUUUUCCAUACCUUCAAUAUCGAGGGGCCACGAAUAAGAAACUUCCCGUCCAGCGACAACAUCACGGUCAUCAAGAUGGCGGACGCUGUAGGCAACGUUCACAUUCUACCCUUUCCCAUCGACUCACUCGACAAGAGACAAUUCUACUGCAGCUCCGGUCAAGUCUACAGAAACGGAGCAUGCUAUGAACGCGGCGCAUGGUACUGGUGGGGCCGCUGGGUCCUCGCCGCCGUCGUCGUCGGCAUCGCACUUCUGAUCCUCAUCUUGUUAGGCUGCAUGAACUCUCGCCGUCGCAGAAAGCGCGGCGUUCAGCCCUUCUACGGCACCGGAUGGAUGAGCAACAACAACAAGCAUAACCAGCAGGGCACUUACGCCUACAACCAGCCGUACAACGGCCAGCAGCAAGGAUACGCGGGCUACCCCCAGCAGGGCGGCGCCUACCAGAACCCGCCGCCGGCUUACGGACCCGCUCAGCAGCAACCUCAGUACACUGGCACCACGUUCAACCCCAACGAUGGAUACUACAGCGGUCACAACGAGGGUAUUCACCUGCAGCAGCCGCAAAACGCCUACCAGCGGGAUUCGUACGCUCCGCCCGCUGGCCCGCCGCCCGGAAAAUAGACGGAUGAUGAUGAUGAAAGAUAAUGGGGUUUGGGUUCCGAAGGGUUGGAAGAGUUCGAGGCGGAGAGGCGUGAAACUUCUUUGACUGUCAUGAGUACGACGACUUGCGAACACACAGAUGAUACCUUGAUUGCGAAACAACCCGGUUAGGCGUUGGCAGGUUUUCUUUGGAAGGACUUAUACGACGAUAGGGGCCAUGAGGGAACGAAGAUGGGGGCCAGCCAAUAUGUAUGAUGACGAUGAGAUUCGGGGUCGAGCCCUGGCCUGGAGAAAGAAUCGAGAAAGUUCUGGACUAUGACUCCAUAGUAGACUUCAACAUUAUCGAUGCUUUUAUGGCCAUGAUCAAAUUUCCGAGACUGGUGACGACAUGGGAAAUUUCCAACCUUUGACGGGCGUGUCUCUUAAUCCAUGUCAACAUACCUAGGAAUGCGACAUCUGCCCUGAUCCACGAAGUCAUUCAAAGACUGCGCGAUCAACGCAAGGUCGUUGGGCUUGACUAUUGCACAGGUCAAGUUACUAGCAUAGGUCUCACAUCAGACGAGCCCUGCAUUGUACUGGGCUGCAGCUGUGAAUUCAAUUACCCUUCUAGACGUCCAGACGGUCUUCUUCUGGGACGUGCGUGUCGGUGCCACUGCCCAGAGCUUCCACUCUCGACGUCCCAGGAUAGAGCGCCUCCUCUGACGAAGAUCAACUACUUGGAGCAGCAAGAGUAAGAUUUCAGGCUAUCGCAAGCGGUCUCUUGAACUACGGUGGCGUCCGUUCCUGAUCCUAUUUACUGGCCCAUUGCUACUCUUCCACGCUUCCAGGUGUUUCGCGGGAUUCUCUAGUCAGUUAGCUCGACCCUGACGUUCAUUUCAAGGUGGUGAGAUUGGGGGCCAAGGAUUGUUCUCGAAGCCAGCGACGGCGGUCUUUCUGAGACAAGAAGGAGAGCCUGUCUCCGAGAUGCCCUGUCCACUGUCGAAUUUGCAGUAUCCUGGUCAGGCCCGGGGCUCUGCCGCCGUCUCGGCCGAGUUGAUGCAACUCUGCAUUUCACUUGGGUGCUGGAUGUGGCGAGUGAUUGUGGCUGAGCAGAGAGCUGGUGUGGCUGGAAAUAACCAUUGGCUUUUUACGUAUUCCCGUCAUAACCGAGCGCGAGCGAAGGCAGCAAGGGGUGCCCACUGUCACGGGGGUUGCGACCCAG